AUGUCUCGAUUUUUAAUUGUUGCCGCUUGUUUUGAUCGUUUUGCUCUUUGCUCAAAUAGCGUCCGUCUUCGAAAGAUUUGUCAAGUGCGUAUUGCUUGUCGAUACAUUAUACCAGGCGUUAUUCUUGUCUGGCUUAUUAUACCAUUACAUAUACCCAUCUUUUAUACGACUUCAGGAAAUACUUGUGUGUUUCCAGGCGCAGCAGCACUCUACAAUAGUAUCUAUGGUAUUGUUAUGGCUAGUUUCUUACCACCUGGACUUAUGCUUAUUUUUUCUCUACUCAUAUUUCGUAAUCUUAAAAUGAGACAAAGACGACGACAACGAAUUCGUCCAAUAUCGAUCAUUACUUCUACCGCAAUAGGAAUUCGACGACAACAAGCAAAAGAUCAACAAAUCUUAGCAAUGUUAUUGAUUCAAGUGUUUGUCUAUGUGAGUUUAACAAUUUUCUAUACAGUCAGUUUACUAUAUUCUGCUUUGACAAUGAAAGAUGCAGCAAAUAAAUCGAGUGAACGCAAAACAAUCGAAGGCUUUGCUUCAUUUUGUGCUGGAAUACUUAUCACGGCGUGUCCAUGUUUAUCGUUCUAUUUAUUUAUAUUAGCUUCUCGUCUAUUUCGAAAAGAACUCAAAUUGAUGGUACUUCAUGCUUGUGGUAGAUGGGUGCAUUCCCCACGGAUCAUAAACAACAACAGUAAUUUGACACAUAGAGUCAUCACCCGAUUCGAACUUAUGCAGCGGCAAAUUGCACCACCACCACCACCACCUAUUCCUUCUAUUAAUUAA